GAGGUCGAUUCAAAAGUUCAUCGCGCCACCAGCUCAGCUCCGGAAUUGACGAAAGCACUCGCCGACACCCGAAGAAGCCCGCUCACCCGCAGGCUCCGCCAGAUCGAGCUACACGAAAGAGUUCGACUCAAAAUCGACUCUUACACCGGCGAAGAAGACCCCAAGAAGUGGCUAACCGCGUUCAACCUCGCCAUGAGGAGGGAGAAAUACAAAUCUUACGAUGAAAGGGAGGCCAACUACUGUCAAGUAUUCGUCGAGCACAUGGCGAAAGAUGCCUUGACCUGGUUCUCUAACCUCCCCGCCGAGUCGAUCGAUAACUUCGACGACCUAACCAAUGCUUUUCUGAAGCAUUACUCCAUGCACAUGACCCGAAUCACUCGGAACAUCUCGCGACACUGGCGACAUGCCGAUAGCGUCCCGCUAGAAGCACUCCGCAACGGCCUCUGGUACGACUCCAAGUUCAAGGAGGAUUUGUCACUAAAACCCCCUGCGACUCUGGAGGACGCGUUCCACCGCUCUCGGAACUACAUCUUCCUCGAGGAAGACCAGCGCUUCUACGCCGAGAAACAUGGAGAUAGGAGGGACAACCUCGACGAAACCCAGAAGAACCCGGAGGCACGAAAAGAUACAAUCCAAAAAGAUCACUCCUAA